AUGUCAGCUACUCCAGCAAUCCGAACUGUUGUCGGCGACGACUCGACGAGCCAAGAGGCUCAAGACUGCAUCCACCAGUUCCCCAUUAUCUUUAUCAACCUUGGAGGCGUGGCUAAGUUGCAUAUUGGUAUGAAAGGUAGCGCCCAAGAGCUUCAUUCAUCCAUCUUGUUCAGCUGGAGUGAUGAUGGAGAAAUAACACGCUAUGGUGACUUCCAAUUGACCAUGGACAAAUUCCGACAAAUCCCCGAUUAUUUCAUCUCGAGAGCAGAAGAGAUUUGUGACAAGCUGAUGUUUGACAUCAAGCCUGACAUUGAUCUAGCAGCGAUAAAGGAUGACAUGGUCAAUAUGUCGAGCGGAUAUUCGUUUGUGAAACAUCCAGCGAAUCAUCUUGAUAAAGCCUACUUGGACCUGCUUUACUCAGGAUAUGCUUCUCGGGAGACAAGUUACGAAGCUGGAGGAGAUGCUUGCUGGGGGCCUCUACACAGCAUGUGGUCAAACUCCGCGAGCGCGUGA